GCGCGGCGGCGGCGCGCGCGCACAUGUGGCGGCGGAGCGUCGCGCGGCGAACGUGAGUGCGUGUCCAUGUGAAGUGCAGUGCGGCGGACAUGAUGCUGGGCGGCAUGGACGGCAAGGAGUACGGCGCGCUGCACGCCGCAGCAGCCGCCGCGGGCUACUCGAUGGAUACCGACCCCAGUGGCGGGGGCAUGGGCAACCCUGGCGUGGCGGGCACCGGCACGCAGCAGUACGGGGAGGUCAACCAGCUCGGCGGCGUGUUCGUCAACGGGAGGCCGCUGCCCAACGCUGUGAGGCUGAGGAUAGUCGAGCUGGCGCAGCUUGGGAUCAGACCCUGCGACAUCAGCCGGCAGCUGCGGGUGUCGCACGGCUGCGUCUCCAAGAUCCUGGCCCGCUACCACGAGACCGGCUCCAUACUGCCGGGAGCCAUCGGAGGCUCCAAACCCAGAGUCACCACACCUAAGGUAGUAUCAUACAUAAAGCAACUAAAAGCGAAGGACCCGGGCAUCUUCGCGUGGGAGAUCCGCGACCGGCUGCUGGCGGACGGCGUGUGCGACAAGUACAACGUGCCGUCGGUGUCCAGCAUCAGCCGCAUCCUGCGCAACAAGCUGGGCGGCGGCGCGCUGUACCCCGUGCCGCCGCUCUACCCCGUGCCGCCGCAGCGCUGCUGGCCGCUGCACCAGCCCUACGACUACUAUGUCUAUUUACAAGGUCGUCAGCACACGGCGGGCAACCCUCACGCGCUGCCGCACCCGCACCAGCAGGCGCCGCCCCCGCACCAUGCGCACGCGCACGCGCUCUGACACGCGCGCCUCGCCACCAACCACGACCGGUGAGCGUGGCCACCACCACGCUGACGUGGUGACGCAGUGACGCUGUGACGAGGUGACGCGGUGACGCGGCGGCGGCAGGUGGAGCAACUGAUAGCGCGCGUCACGACUGAGAUUAAUAGACUUAGUUACUUAAUACGAGAGUACCGUCAAUAAAAAUAGACUAUUUAAUUUUGGGGGAAAUCCCAGUUGAUGCAGUGAUUCGGUGAUCCCAUGUGAAGUGCAGUGUGAGUGAUAUAAUUUUAAGCGACACAAACUGAUCUUCUAGUGAUAAUGUUUAUGAUAAUUGUUGAUAAAAGUAUUAUAUUGUAUAUACCUACGUUAUCGAUGUAAGAUAUAUAGCGGUUACUGUCGCGAGGUUUAAUAUUGCAGCUAUGCAGUUACUAAGACUUCCUGAUGAUGUUGUAUAACACCGAAUCUUUGUGUGAGCGUUGUGAAUUUAUUUAUUGUAAGGGUGAAUAGUUUAAUUAAUGAGAGUGAUUUAAUCUUUCCUUUUGGUAUUCAAAAUUUAGUAGUUGGUACGUAGUCGAGGCAACAUGUUUUUGAAUCUAUUACAUAACAAGUGCAGGGUAAAGUUAUGGAUGAAAGUAUUUUUAUCAAGGUGCCAAAAGUUAAACCGUCGGCAAUUUAUCUGCAGAAGAAGUUUCAACAAGAUUUUACAUUCAAUUAACGAUUUUAUAUUAAUAAAAUGAUCUGAUAAUGUUCAGCUAGUUGUGUAGAGUUGUAAUAUUAUACCUCGUGUGAUGUAGAUAUGUAUAAGCUAUGGUGUUCACCCGGCGGCGGCCGUCGGGAAUGGGUGCAAAGAUGUAAAUAUUCUAAAUAAAUACGAUGAAUGUACUUAUUCUGAUAGGAGAUAGCAUUUCAUUUGAUUAUCUUUUAUUACCAAACAGUUUGUGGUUUACAAAGUUAUCGUGAUUCGUUUCUGACGGUCAUUAGUCGAACUAUUGUAUUGCAUCAGUCUGAUAACUUAUUCAAAACAAUGAAUUGAUUAUUUUCGAUGUGUAAUUCCAUUUUAGAUAACUUAUUUCAUCUGGAGACGAUAUUAUGACAAAUGUUUUUCAAAAUAAGGCUAGUCUAUGUUUAACUCUGCUCAGAAACAGAAUAGAUUUUUUUAAACUAGCCAUCUACUUUAUAUGGUUACCGACCUGAUCGAGUACUCAUAGCUCUGUUCAUAACAAAGUCACAUAUUACGAUCAGCUGAUUAAUUGGCAAAAAAGCAUGGAUGUUGUGUUUAUUCGAAAUCUAUUCUGUUUUUGUUCAGUUGCACCGACAAAUUGUCUUCAAACUAUUAUAGAUACAUAUUUAUAAAACUAAACCUCUGUACAAACUAGAUGUUAAGUACGAGAUCAUUAUUUAAACCUUAGCUUUAUUGGUCAAAGUAUAAAAAAUAAAUUGGUUUGUUCUUAUAUUA